AUGGCUGACCAGUACAGUAUGUUUCUCACCACGGCGCCCCCACUCCGCAGAGGAAGCACACCCCUGCCUGUCAAACACCAGCUGCGGAGAGAAGAGGCCGUAUCCGAGGACUGCGAUUGGAUCCCAGGCUUGGAGGAGCCUGCUAUGUUGCCUAUCAGUGACACAUCUGUGCCUCGGGAUGAAUCCUUCAGCCAAUCGGCAGCCACCCAGGCGGUUUACCACAGCCAUGGUGGGGCAUUGAGAAUAGUGCUGCUAGGACAGAAUGGCGUGGGCAAAUCGUCGCUGGCCUUAUCUCUGGCUGGGCAGUCAGACAGAUCCCUCUCUAUAGACUCUGAGACACAAGCAUGUGGUGAGGGCUACGAGUGCUCGGUGACAGUUGAUGACGAGGACAGUAAAGUCAUCGUUUUCGACAACUGGAAACAGGAUCUGUCCACUCUGCAGUGCGAUGUGUGUAUCCUGGUCUUCUCAGUGACUGACAGGCGAAGUUUCCACCGUACCGCCCAGCUCCGCCUUCUCCUCAGGGAGUCCCAGCCACAAACACCAAUCAUCCUAGUGGGCAACAAGAGUGACCUUGUCCGCUCCCGUGAAAUCAGCGCAGAGGAGGCCCAAUCCAGCGCCAUGAUGUUUGACUGCCACUACCUGGAGCUCUCAGCCUCAUUGGACCACGGCACCAACGAGUUAUUGGAGGCGGCGGUUCGGACUGCGAGAGGCGACUGCGUGGGCCCCGGAUGGGCUGACGGUGACCCAGGGUCGGGCCGCAGAGAAAGCCUGACCAGCCGAGCCAAGCGCUUUCUGGCGGGGUUGGUACCACGCUCGUAUGCCCGAGACCGGGACCGCGGCCGCUACAGGGAGAUGAGCCGCCACCGGGGCAGCAAGAUCCUCCGCCAGAAAUCCCGUUCCUGCCAUGACCUCAGUGCACUGUGA